UAUUAUUCGUACGUUACUUUACGUUAUGAUAUCAGUGUGUUAUUCCUCAUUUAAAACGUACUUUGAUCGAUAUUUAUGUUUCUUUGUUAGUAUAAGGCUUAACUCUGUGAAAAACGAACUUGUCGUUAUUGUCUUAAUAUUUUCUAUACUACAGGUAUAUUUAAAUAGUAAUGGAGCAAAAAUAUGGUAUUAAAAAUGAACACCAAUGCCAUUCUGAAGCAUAUUCGAUUAGAACUAUUUCAAAUGAUAAUUUGGAAUUUUGGAUGACGCGACUUCCGGAACCAUUAAAAAAAUUACCUAUUAUAUAUCUCGCUAUACCCGGUUCGCACAAUACGAUGACUUAUACGAUAGAACGACGUAACGAGGUAGGACCUGAUGAGCCUACAUACAUCAGAGCAUUGGGUCGUUAUUGUUCUAUUUUUUCAAAGCCUGUCAUUUUUAAUUGGUCUGUUACGCAAAAGAACAAUGUAAGAGAACAAUUAAAUGGUGGAAUAAGAUAUUUGGAUUUACGAGUUGCUACAAAAACAAGGAAUGACAAUAUUUAUUUUCUUCAUGGUUUGUAUGGAUCAGAGGUUACCAAGCCAUUAGAAGAUAUUGUACGUUGGUUAAAUCAUCACGCGAACGAAGUUAUCAUUUUAGAUUUUCAACAUUUUUACAAUUUUUCGGAUAUGAAUCAUCGUCGUCUCGUUGCGAUAAUAAAUGAUAUUUUUCGUGAGAAAUUAUGUCCAACUUUUUCUUCUUUCGAUCAUAUGUCUUUAUAUUGGCUUGCUUCGAAAAGGUAUCAAGUUUUUGUCAUUUAUAGAAACGUUUACGCGAUGAAUCAUGCGAAUUUGUGGCCAAGCGCUCUCUGGCCAACACCAUGGCCAAAUACCGUACUUGUUGAUCAACUCGUAAAUUUUUUAAACGAUAAACUUCAAAAACGUUCACCCGAUAUCCCUUUAGUAUCGCAAUGUCUCUUAACUCCUAAUAUAUCGUACGUUAUGAAGCAUCUGUGUGGAAAUUUACAGUCAGAUUUGGCGCCGAUAUGUCAAAAAGCGAUUCUCAAUUGGAUAAGUCAACAUAAAUCUGGAUCUAAUGGUUUAAACAUUGUUAUAGCUGAUUUCAUAUCCGAUAAAAAUUAUUUAUUUCCGAAGACAGUAAUUCAAGCUAACCUGAAACUCUUAAAAAAUUUGUAGAUUUAUUUAAGCUUUUAUUAUAAAAGUAAAUUCAAGUUUAUUCAAAGUAAUUUUUAGAAACAUUUUUUAGCAAUGGGAGGGUCUUUUAACUUUCUAUGAUAGUAGAAAUCCAUUGGAAAGACAUGUAUUUCAUGUACAUACAUAUUAUUUAUAUAAUUACAAUAUACGAUAUUUACAAUA